AUUCGGGUAGCCCAAAGUGAGCUUCUCCUAAAUCUAACAUGUCAUGUGCAGUUGCACGUAAGUGUGAGUGAGAGUUUUAAGAGGUGGGUGACAGAGAAAGAGGGACAAAGAGAAAGAAAGUUGGAUAGGAGAGAAGAGAGAGACACUUAGCAAGACAGCUAAUUGGUUUCAAACAUAUCAACUAUUGACACUUAUCAACAACGCUUUGGAUAAAGGAUACGGAUUCCAAAACCUGGAUGGAAACAUUAAAAGCUUUCUGCAUUGCAGAUGAAGGAAGUCAGAAAAGUUGUGUUUGUGUUUCAAGAAACUUCUGCUUCGUUUUACGGACGCUGAUCGGUGAUAGACCAUCGGGGCACUUCAAGCUCUUUUCUGUGAAGAUUUCUAUAAUGGGAUUGUUUAAGACUCAUGAAUUGACAUCUCUAAGGACUAGUCCAUCAUGUCUACAUCUUUGUUGAUGUUUUAAGAGAAAAAAGAGGAGACUGAGUAUUGCCUUUUCACUCAUUUACAAGUGUAUCUUAGAUCUGUUGGAAUUUUAAAGAGAUGGUUCCCUCCAAUACCCAUUAAAGCACUCUGAGUUUUUUUUUUUAAAGUUGAGUGGCAUUCUGUGGAUCAUGAGCAUGGUGCCCAAUUCCAGCAUCUCCAUCCCUUCCAACUCGGGCACCAGUGGAUCUGGAAGUGGCUCAAGUGGAGGUGGAACAGGCAACGUGUGGGUAACUCCUCUUCUUGGUGCAACCCUGAUCACCAUGUGCAUCCUUGGCAUGGUAGGAAAUGUUUACACACUGGGUGUGAUGCGCUCUGCAGUUUUGCGGCGCUCUGGUUCUAUGUAUGUCUUCAUUGUUAAUCUGGCGGCAGCUGACCUGCUCUACCUGGGCACCAUCCCAUUUGUGGUAUGCACCUAUUUUUUCCACGACUGGUUCUUUGGUGAGACAGGUUGUCGGGUCUUGCUUAGCCUUGACCUGCUUACCAUGCAUGCCAGUGUCUUUGCCCUUGUGGCCAUGAGCCUUGAACGGUAUCGUGCCGUUGCAUCACCAUUCCGUGCCCGUCGUUCUGCCACUGACUCUGCCCGACGUCACUGGCUAGCAGCUCUUGCCAUUUGGGGUGCUGCCUUGGCACUCACAUUACCCAUGAUGGUGAUGAUCAGACUGCGGGAGGGGCGUCCAGGAGCCUCCGGUCUUGUCAAGCGCAUCUGCUUCCCCACAUGGACGCCUGAAGCUUUCAAAGCCUACCUCACUGUUCUGUUUUUCACUAGCAUGUUGGUGCCAGGGCUAGUCAUGGUGGUCCUUUAUACAGGGUUGGCUCGACACUACUGGACCGCGCAGUCCAAUCUCACACGUGGAGGAGCAGAAAACAAGAACAGCAUCCGUCUUUCCAUCUCUUCUUGCUCGUCUAGGCGAAAAAGGCUUAAGCACAAGGUGGUCUGCAUGAUCUUCAGCAUUGUCGUGGCUUAUUGGGCAUGCUUCCUGCCUUUUUGGGGUUGGCAGAUGGCCAAACUUUUCUCAGCCGAAUCCCUGCGCUCACUGACACCUGCCACACACACCUAUGUCAACUUCUUUGUUACAUGCCUUACAUACGGCAACAGCUGUAUAAACCCGCUGCUCUACACGUUGCUCACCCGCAACUAUAAAGACUACCUGGCGCAAAGAGGACAGGCUUCAGGCUCCAGCCGUAUUGACCAUGGCUCAGGGUCAGGGAUCAAUGAUCUGUAGAUUCAAUUAUCUAUAAGGGGAAUGGCUGACAUGAAAAACAUCGCAUCAUCCCAUCCACCUCCAUGCAGACAGAACAAUGAAAUAAUGGACCAGGGUUCAACACAAGCCAAGGAUACCAAAAACUACGAUUGGGAACCACAUAGUUUCAUAGAUUAUGCAAUAACAUGAGCAACUAUCAGAUCAAGUUUAAAUUCAUCUGGAAUUUUGGAAAAAAGCCUUGUAUGCGAACGACAUCCAAUGUAAUGGACAGCUGAUGAUUUAAAUAAGCUGCUUGACACAACUUUCUGAACCUAAAGGUUGCAAUGGAUUCAUCUUAAUUUGUGACAUGGCUCAUUGUUAGUGCUUUGUUGAUAUUUAAGAUAGAUUAUCUUCAUUAUGUUUGAUAUGCUGGACAAUGUUAGUGCAUCCCAUGUCUAAAGGUGUGUUUUGCUGUGUUUAGCAAUUCUCUAAAAACCUUUAAAGUUAAAAUAAACAUAUCAAGUUCUUAUUACUAAGAUCACCAGUGGUAUUUUCAGUAAUGAUAUUGUUAUGGGGAUGGACACACACUGAAUUGCAGGCAUGUGUGUACGUAUCUAACCAUCUAACCAUAAAGGCAUGGAUAACCAGGUUGGACAUGUCUGCACGGUUCCCUUACACUCCGGAAUGUUACUCCAGGCUGAUAAAUUCCUCACUUUAGUCCACAGGGCUUUUCGAGUAGCAAUGCAAAUUAUUCCUACUCAGCUGCUAAAGCAGAUAAUAAUGCUGACAAUACAGAUGACCUGAUUAAUGCACCAUGAACCAUGUGACCUUCGGCUUGGUGAAAUCAUUGCGGUACUGUACAGUAGCGUCACUGAUAAGUCACUAUUGGAGAAGAGACUUUUAAAAGCCAAAUUAUACUUUCUGCUAACUUGUACUGUUACGUACAGUACAUAGGUUUGUUUCCUGAUCUGUAAGUGCAAAGCAAAUUAUGGCUCUGGUUUGUAACUCAUAUUUGCAUUACAAAGUUGAAGCAUUAUUUCCUAGAUCUUUCGUAAAAGUCCUAAAGUUCCCAAUAUUUUCAUAAACAAAAAUAGAUGUAAGAUAAGUAAGGAAUUAAACAUGGUUGGGGUGCCAUUUAAAAAUAAAAUAAAAAAUCAACAAUAGAAUAACUUGAUAUGUUACCAUUCCAGACUACUGUAUGUCCUUAAGUGUUUUAUUCCUUUCACAGAAAUUUGCCAACUAUGACAAUUUUUUUGUAUUAAAGAAUGGAAUAUUGUAAUUUUUCUCAAUGUAUACUUACUUUAAGGGCGAGGUGGUCAACUCUUUUACCCAAUGGGCGAUUUCUAGACAACUUAGACAGUUUUUAUAUUGAAUGCUUUGACUGAUUUGUUCAAACCAAUUCAAAUAAAGCCCUCCUCCACUUUCAA